UUAAUGAAAUUUUAUUGUAGACUAUAGUGUACAACCGAAAAGUAUAGUAUUUCAACUUUUAAUUAUUUGGUUUAACUACUUCAACUACUUCAACCAUUAAAUCACAGAAAUAUAGAAUAGAUUCUGUGAUUGAAUUAUUUGAGAUGCAACUAUACAAGUGAACUAAUGAACAGUGAUUAAAAGUACAAAGUGUCAAGUUUACAACAGCCAUAUAAAUAACAAAAUAUUAGUUUAAUAAAAAUUAUUUCUUAGAAAGAGGAGUUAUGAAAUUGUACUUAACGAUUUAUAUCCAUAAAUUUGUAAAAAAUUAAUUAUUGUAAAAUACGUUUAACUUAUUGAGGUAAUAAAGAUUAUAUCAACUUUUAACAUCUAUUAUAUGCACAAUGAUGAAAUCAAAACCAAAUCUUCCUUGGGUAGAAAAAUAUCGACCAAAUACUUUAGAUGACUUGAUUUCACAUGAAGACAUUAUUAAAACAAUUGGUAAAUUCAUUAAAGAAGAUCAGUUACCUCAUCUAUUAUUUUAUGGACCUCCAGGGACUGGAAAAACUAGUACAAUAUUAGCGUGUGCCAAGCAAUUGUAUACUCCAGCACAGUUUCGUUCAAUGGUUCUUGAGUUGAAUGCUUCUGAUGAUAGAGGAAUUAAUGUUGUUCGAGGACAAGUUAUGAACUUUGCAUCUACUAGAACAAUUUUCAAAUCUGGUUUCAAAUUAAUUAUUUUAGAUGAAGCAGAUGCUAUGACUAAUGAUGCCCAAAAUGCCCUCAGAAGAAUUAUUGAAAAGUUUACUGACAAUGUCCGUUUUUGCUUAAUUUGCAAUUACUUAAGCAAAAUAAUUCCAGCUCUACAGUCACGAUGUACACGCUUUCGAUUUGGUCCACUUGAUUUUAAACAAAUCAUGCCUCGACUUGAAUAUGUUAUUGAACAAGAAAAAGUGAACGUUACGGAAGAUGGUAAAAAUGCACUAAUAGAUUUGGCACAAGGUGAUAUGCGAAAAGUUCUCAAUAUAUUACAGAGUGCUGCUACAGCAUUUCCAGAAGUAAGCGAAGAUUCUGUCUAUACAUGUGUUGGUCAUCCACUCAAAAGUGAUAUAAUGAAUAUUUUGAAGUGGUUGUUAAAUGAUGACUUUUCUACUACUUUCAAAAAAAUUCAAGAAUUAAAAAUUCAGAAAGGUUUGGCUUUACAAGACAUAAUUACAGAGUUGCAUACUUUUUUAUAUAGAUUGGAUUUACCACCACAUUCUCUCAUUGAAAUACUAACCGAAAUGGCUGAUAUUGAAGUACGUCUGAAUGGUGGAACAAGUGAAAAAAUUCAUCUAGGUAGUUUAAUUAGUGCUUUCCAUAUGAUAAGGUCAAAAUUAAAACCUGCUGAUGAUUGAAAACAAACUGCACAAUCAAGUAUUUCUAAUUAAAGUAUUUUAUUCUUAAGAUAGAAUUUUUGUUUUUAUUCAUAAUUUGUAUCAUGAUUAUAAACAU